AGUGCUAGUAAUCAAGUAACCAAAUGAAAGCAAUGCAAGCCCUUCUUGUCUAAUUAUAUUAUUAAUGAAAGUUUUAUAGCGGUAGUAGUGCGUGUUGUGAUUAUUUUCAAUUAAGAAGAUAAACAUAUUAAAUAGAAUCUAUAAUUAAUUCAGUCAUUUUAUCCUACGAGCAAUUAUUGUGCUAUUAAAAUGAAUCCUACGGAACCAACGAGUACCGAAACCUUAAGUUCAAAGAUGAAAGAUGUAAUAGAUGUAUUAGCAAUGCAACGAGAGAAAAGGAAUACAUUACAGAAAAGUAUUACAAUUGAUUAUACUAAAGCCAAUGAUAGUUUCACAGUAUCGAGAUUUAUCUUCGAAUGUGGUUUAAAAUUAGAGGCUCAUUUUCUAACAAUUGCCACAGCAGCAACUUUAUAUCAUAGGUUUAUGAAAGAAGCUACUGCUCAAGGAUAUGAUAAUUAUUUAAUAGCAGCUACUUGUUUAUAUCUGGCAGGAAAGGCAAAGGAUGAUAAUUUAAAAAUAAGAGAUGUGAUGAAUGUAUCAUAUAGUACACUUCAUAGAGGUUCACAACCACUGGAAUUAGGAGAGCAGUAUUGGAGUAUGAGAGAUGCUAUUGUGCAAGCUGAACUUCUCAUCAUGCGUAUGUUGAAGUUUCAAGUAAGCCCAGUGCAUCCACACAAAUACAUGUUGCACUAUUUGAGAUCUUUGCAAGCUUGGUUUGGAGAAGAAGAAUGGUCAAAAUAUCCAGUAGCAAAAACCAGUAUGGCACUAUUACAAGAUUUUCAUCAUUCUCCUGCUAUACUUGAUUAUCCACCACAUUUAAUAGCAAUAGCAUGUAUCAAUCUUGCUUUACAAAUUUAUGGUGUAGUUGUUCCAUUAAUGGAUGAGUGUGAUCAACAACCAUGGUUUAAUGUAUUUUGUAAAGAUCUAACAAGAGAUAAACUUUGGGAAAUUAUGGAAAAAGUCAUGGCUGCAUAUGAUGAGGAACCUGAGACAAGAGAUAAUUAAUAUUAUACAGAGAUUUGUUUAAAUGUUUGAUAAGUGUCAAAAAUAAACAAAUAAUUUUUCCAAAAAUUUGAUAAUAUGACAGUACAAUAAAAUGUUUAUAUAAAAUAAAAUUAUUUCAAAGUGAAUAAAUUAGAAAUGACAAAGUAGAAAGCAUGAUUUGAAAGGAACGAUUUAUUGCUAACAAUAAACAAAUAUAAUUUAUAAGUAAUCAUAGAUAUAAAGAGAAAAUACGUAUAUCAUUUUUCAUAGAGUUUUUAUAACACAUUUGUUAACAUAAUGAAGAUUUUCUAAAAGUACUUCAGCAUGAUAUUCACCGAAUAAAAGACAGGGUCUUAAUCUAAUUAAUUUGAUAUCACAGUUUGCUAUUUGUACGUGUAUUAAUUAUUAUAUAAAUUAAAAUAAAUAAAUAUGAAUUAAUUUUUUAA